UAUGCUAACGCAGGUAUCGAAGAAAGCUCUGCAGGAAUCGGGAAGUUUCCCUGUGAAAGGUCGUCGUAAUCAUUAGCAAUUUGUGUCAUUAAAACGAUUGACAUUUCCACAGUUUCAUAUCGGCAUUGAACUAUGGGAACUGAUAGACGGCCUGGUCGUGGUGAACGUAGUGGCAGAUAUGGUUCAGAUGGGAGGAGAGAGGAUCCGGAGUGGUACGGCAAACGAAACCGAGAUAUGGAGAGGGAGUAUGAUCGACGUUUGGUAGAUGAUAGACAGAAGGAGUGCUGUGAUGAACACAGAGAUCGAGAAAGCCCAGAGAGGGGCCGGAAGCGACACAACAGUGACAGAUCUGACGAUGAAUAUGACGGAGAUUAUCCAGAGCAGGACUGCAAAAUGGAGCAAGAGGAGGAGAGCAAGACUAUUAUGCUAAGAGGUCUUUCUUCUAAUGUCACAGAGGAGGAUAUUCGAAUGGCACUCGAGCAGCUCCAGGGUCCCCAGCCUGUAGACAUUCGAUUGAUGAAGAAAAGGACGGGUAUAAGCCGAGGUUUCGCCUUCGUGGAGUUUUAUCACUUGCAAGAUUCUACCCGAUGGAUGGAGACCAAUCAGAACAAGCUGGUGAUCCAGGGGAAAAGCAUCGCAGUACACUACAGCAACAGAAGACAGAAGUUUGAAAACUGGCUUUGCAAUGCAUGUGGUCUGUACAAUUUUCGAAAAAGGGUGAAGUGUUACAGAUGCGGGGCAGGAAAAACUGGAGAAUCUUCUGGAGGAAAUGCUCUAAACGUGGAGUCUCAACAGCCAGCAGAGUUCAGUGGAGACACAAUUAUUUUGAGGAACAUUGCACCCCUCUCUACUGUGGAUGGAAUCCUGAGCGUAUUGGCACCAUAUGCCAACCUGUCCAGUAGCAACGUCCGCCUCAUUAAGGACAAACAGACGGGACACAACAGAGGUUUUGCUUUUGUCCAGCUAUCAUCACCCUUGGAGGCUUCUCAGCUGCUCACCAUUCUCCAGAGCCUUCAGCCACCUCUAAAACUGGAUGGGAAAACAGUUGGAGUGGAUUAUGCAAAGAGUGCAAGAAAAGAUGCGGUUCAGUCUGAUGGGAUCAGAGCCAGCGCUUUGUCUGUGGCCAGUACAGCCAUUGCUGCUGCUCAGUGGUCCUCUAGUCAGUUACAUCAAAGUUCAGGUGCCAGUGCUUCUCUUCCUGAUGGAUAUGCACAGCAGCCACAGGGAGCAGCCUAUCAAGCAUGGCCGCAGCAGCCUGAAGGAUUACCUCCAGUAAUUGGUGAUGGAUUGCUUGGAGCGGCUCCAGUAAUGAAAACUUUGAUCCCUGCAGCUGCAGGUGUGGUCAUAUCCCAAGCAGCUCACACCUACCAACCUGUCAUUAUCAGCCAGUCUGCCAUACAGACACAUCAAGUAGUGCAGCAACAAUUGGCCCUACAACAGGCAGCUGGUGUUUGCACCACCUCUCUCAUAACACCUGCAUCUUCCACUGUUGCAGCAACAGCCAGUGCUGAAACAACUGCCACCACAACAGUAGCUGUCCCCGACACAUCCACAUACCAGUAUGAUGAGUCUUCAGGUUACUAUUACGAUCCACAGACUGGCCUUUACUAUGAUCCCAACAGCCAAUACUUCUAUAAUUGUGAGACUCAGCAGUACCUGUACUGGGACAGCGAGAAACAGACGUAUGUCCCCGCUCCAGGCGAAUCCAACUCAAGCACAGAGUCCACAGCUAACACUGUGCCUGGGUCCUCAACCACAGCCUCUACAAGCAACAAAGAGCCCAAAGAGAAAAAAGAGAAGCCCAAGAAUAAAUCUGCACAGCAGAUUGCGAAGGACAUGGAACGCUGGGCAAAAAGCUUGAACAAGCAAAAAGAAAGUUUGAAGAGCAACUUCCAAGGCUCAGGACUUUCUAAGGAGGAAGACAGGAAAGAGUCUGCAGCUGCAGAUGCAGCUUUCUCUCUGUUUGAGAAGAAGAUUGGAGGUUUUGAGAUGCCUUUACUUCUGGCUGAACAAUACAAACUCAUAGAGCCAGAGAUUUCAGCUAAGAGUGAAGCGUUCGCUGCAUAUAAUGGAGAAAGUGACCCAGAGGAGGGCAGCAUGGAAAGGGCAGCAGACGAGGAAGAAAAAAUAACUGACUGGAAGAAGAUGGUUUGCAUGCUGUGUCGCAGACAGUUCCCCACCAAAGAGGCUCUGCUGCGUCAUCAGCAGCUCUCUGACCUCCACAAGCAAAACUUGGAAAUUCAGAGAAGAUCAAGGCUCACAGAAGCUGAGCUGGAGGAGCUGGAGAGGAAGGAGUCUGAGCUGAAAUACAGAGACAGAGCUGCAGAAAGAAGGGAGAAAUAUGGUAUUCCUGAACCACCUGCACCAAAGAAGAAAUUUUAUCAGCCUCCAACCCCAGUUGUAAAUUAUGAGCAACCCACAAAAGACGGCCUAACUAGCGAUAAUAUUGGAAACAAGAUGUUGCAAGCAAUGGGCUGGCAGGAGGGCAAAGGUCUGGGUCGCCACCAACAGGGUAUCACAACUCCCAUCUCGGCUUCAUUAAGGACAAAAGGCUCAGGAUUGGGUAUUAAAGGAAGCCAAUAUGAACUCUCACCAUCUGAUACCUACAAGGACGCUGUUCGUAAGGCCAUGUUCGCACGCUUCACUGAGAUAGAGUGAACAGAAGGAGGCAUCAGACAGAACUGUGAAAUCUGAAUUUCCUUUGUCAAUAAAAUAAACUCCCUUCCAUACAAACUUAGAUUUAUACCUUCACCAUAUGUAUUAAAAUACCCCUUUUUUGUAUAAAUGUACAUGUGCAUAUUUUAUCUUUAAACAUGCUUUCAGUGUAAUGACUGUACAUUUUGUAAAGUGUUGAACAUGAAAUUGUGCAGAUACUGUAGACAUUUUGUUUCCAUAAAACUGAGCUGUGAUUAAACCUGCCCUCUGUGUACACAAA